AUGAGCUCCUUUGAUCCACAAACGCACUCACCACCACGCUGCAGUCCACAAUUUCCAAAUAUUGGUCACGAACCUCCAGAGAUGAAUAUCUACUAUGAGAACUUUUUCCAUCCACAGAACAUCCCUAGUCCGCAGCGACCAAGCACCUUUGAGACAACGGAUUACAACGCCACUCCCAAUCCUUACCUCUGGCUAAAUGGACCUUCCAUUACCCCACCACCAUACCUCACAGGAUCCAAUGCCAGUCCCUUCAUUCCUCAGUCUUAUGGGAUGCAAAGGCAGCUUUUGCCUAACAUGCAUGGCCUGGGAGGAACUGACCUUGGCUGGCUUCCUCUGCCAUCCCAAGAAGAGCUUAUGAAGUUGGUUAGACCACCUUACUCCUACUCUGCACUUAUUGCCAUGGCCAUCCAUGGAGCACCUGAAAAGAGGCUGACUCUCAGUCAGAUCUAUCAGUACGUGGCUGACAACUUCCCUUUUUAUAACAAAAGUAAAGCUGGCUGGCAGAACUCCAUACGGCACAACCUGUCCCUCAACGACUGCUUCAAGAAGGUGCCCCGAGAUGAAGAUGAUCCAGGAAAAGGGAAUUACUGGACUCUGGACCCCAACUGUGAAAAGAUGUUUGACAAUGGAAACUUCCGCAGGAAGAGGAAAAGAAAGUCUGACGUCGGGGCUAGUGCUGCCACUCUUGCAUCUGAGAAAUCAGAGGAUAGUGGCGGCCUGAGUGGCAGCCCCAAAGCUGUAGAGCAUCAGGAUAUCUUGGAAAACUCAUCACCUGGGACUGACAAUUCACCUGAGAAAGGGUCUCCACCUCCCUCUUCCAGCAGCUCGUGCCUCAGUAACUUCCUCUCUAGUAUGACUGCCUAUGUUAACGGCUCCAACUCCGUGAGCCGCUCGGUGCCUUUGGGACUCAACUCUGAACCCAUUGACAAAAUGGGACAGAAUAUGACAGGCUUUAACUCUUACUCUCCACUCCCCAAUAUCCCCAGUCAUGGUGUGGGAGAAUGGUCCAAUUCUAUGCCUUCUAGCCACCUUGGCUACAGCAGCUCUGUGCUUAACCAGUUUAACACCCAUUUUUACAGCAGUAUCGGCACAAAUAACACACUCUACUCCAGGGAAGGAACUGAGGUUUAA